GACGCUCUCGCGUCAUUUAAUUCUUAUCGUGUUUGGAAGCAAUUUACAUGCUCCACUUUAAAUGAACCAUUUUGUCGGAUUACUAUAUGCUUACGGAUAAAAUUUUAAACGUAGGAAUUGUGUACUGUGAAAGUAAAAUUACUUCUUAAUGCGAUUCAAAUUUCUAUUUACCUAUACAUCAAACGUGAAUAAAGAAGAUUUAACAUGGAUGUGAAGCCAUUAUUUAUAUUCCUUAUUUCGUUAAGGUUUACUCUUGGUAUCGAGGAAUUAAAACUUCUACAAAUCAUCUUUAUGCACAAACAAUAUGUACCAUAUCAAGAUAUUAUGAGAAAUAACAUGACAUUAUUGUCUAAUAAUUUUUCAUACAAUUAUAUCAAUUCAAUGACGAAAGAUAUACCCAAGAUUGGUAAAAUGAAUAUGUACAACCUCGGGGCAUAUUUACGACGAAGGUACGACAAAUUCUUAGGUGACGUCUAUACAAGCAAAAUUAUGAAAAUGCGUACUACAGAAUUUCCGUUGUCACAAAUAUCAGCACAAAUUGUUAAUGCUGCACUUUGGCCACCAUCGAAAUUACAAAAAUGGAAUAAUGAUUUAAAUUGGCAACCAAUACCCUUUGAAUACACAAGGAUGGAGAAAGAUACAUUAUUCUUGGGCACUUACUGUCCACGUUUUAAAAUAGAAGAACUAAAAGCAGAAAAGGACAUGCAAAAAAUAAUAUUGCAUCAUACACCUUUAUUCCAUUACGUUUCCAACCAUACAGGCAUAAAAAUGACAAAACCAUCUGAUAUAGAAUAUCUAUACAAUAUUUUAUACACGAAAGCUGCCUAUAAUUUAUCGUUACCACAUUGGGCAACUGAAACAUUUCCAGAUGGAGAAAUAUAUAAUGUAACGUUGUUGCAGUAUGAUUUACUAUCAAAGACAACUAUUCAAAAACAACUUAAUGGCGGAACAUUUUUAAAAGAAAUCACCGUAAACGCAUUAAAAUAUAUUCAAGGAAAUAUAACGAAAGAUAGAAAGAUUAUAAUGUACAGCGGUGAUGACAGAAAUAUUGUGGGUAUUUUGAAAGCAUUGAAUCUAUGGUCACCACAUAUACCAUCCGAAGCAACUUCGCUUAUUUUCGAAAUGUAUUUUAACAAUGUUACAUCUAAAUAUGGAAUAAAGAUAAAUUAUUAUACAGGUAUUCAUAAAGAAAAUAUUUUUCUAACACUUCCAGAGUGUUCUAUAAUUUGUCCUUUAGACAUAUUUUCAAAAAUUGUUUUGAAUUCAGUACCAGUCAAUGAAGAAUCGUUAUGCCAAUGGACAAAUGACUCCUUACAUACAAAUAUGACUUCUGAAAGUAAUGCCAGUAAUCAAAACUUCCAUAAAUGGAUAAAUACUAUAUUAUUGUUAAUUUUAGUAGUUAUGAUGUACAAAUAAUUUUAGAAAACAUACAAAUGUGUAUCUAAAUAUAAUAUAAAUAAUAUU